GUUCAGCUAGCGAUUUGAAAUCCCUGUACGGAUUCAUCCAAUGGCAAUGGUGCAAUCAUAUUAGUUCAUGGCUUAGCUGCAUGUGUUUAGGUCUCCCGAAGUUUAGUAAAUUAGAUAGGAUACAUUUAGUCAUUUUUACCAUUUUAUUCUAGUCUUCAGUCUUAUAACAUCAAAGGCAUUAAAUAAUAAUGGCUUCUCAGAAUAUUAACCCUCUCGUACCAACUACAUCCGUUGAAGCAUCUAAGAAGUCAUCAGAGAAAGCCAAGUUGGAAGCUGGUUGUCAUUCUGUAAAGAAGAGAUUGCAGCAAGAACUGAUGUCUUUAAUGGUGUCUGGUGAUAAAGGAGUCUCUGCUUUUCCAUCUGAUGAAAAUAUUUUUUCGUGGAUUGGCACAAUAAAUGGAGCUUGCGGAACGGUUAUAAUUUGUAUUCUGUUCUGAAUUUCUGUUGAGAAUUAAGAU